AUGGAAGCUCUCAUCGAGAAGAUUGAUGGUCUGGGCAAUGGUUCCAAAGCCAUCAAGAUCAAGGCCGACUUGAGAGACCCCUCCGUUCCCAAGCAAAUUCUCGAGCAGACAUUCCAGGCAUUCGGCACCGGCGUCGACAUCCUCAUCAACAAUGCAGGUGCAGAGCUUGUCAAGCCGCUGCAAGAGAUCACGGUCGAAGACUUUGCUUCCAUCUACGACUUGAACGUCAGGGGCCCACUGCUCAUGACCCAGGCCGUGCUGCCGCAUCUCCGUCGUCCAGGACGCAUCAUCAACAUCAGCUCUGUCGGAGCUAGGUACGGCUUCAAGGAUCUGUCAGUCUAUUGUUCGUCCAAGGCUGCGCUGGAGGGCUUGACCAGAUGCUGGGCGGCGGAUUUGGGAGCCGCAGGGCACACGGUCAAUGCGGUCAACCCGGGGCCUGUCCAGACCCAGCUGAUGGAAAAUAUCCCCAAGGAGUACAUCGAGAUGCAGAAGUCGCAAACCCCUGUCGAGAAUCGGAUUGGAACUGUGGACGACAUCGCACAGAUUGUCGCUUGGCUGGCUAGCGAGGAGAGUCGGUGGAUUAGUGGUCAGUUCAGCGCCCACCGCUUUACCGCGCGCCAGGAUAUCUCGGAGGCCGUUCUCUGA